UUCGGAAAACGAUCAGAGGUUCCAGAUGAGGAUAGCCUAGAUAUGGAAAAACGCAAGUCAGCUUAUAUGCGUUUCGGAAAAAGAAAGAGCGCUUAUAUGCGAUUUGGCAAACGUUUCUCAGAGUUCGAUGAUAGCUCCGACCCUAUCGACAUGGAGAAACGCAAGUCUGCUUACAUGCGAUUUGGUCGCUAA